AUGCCACAGCUGGAAAAGGUUUUGUCGGGGAAGGUGGCGGUCGUCACAGGGUCAACAGGAGGUAUCGGCCUUGGCAUUGCGAUGCAGCUGGCGAAGGCUGGGGCUGAUAUUGUCCUCAACGGCAGGUACCCGACCCCGCGGGAUCCGACGAUCCUCGAACAAGUGGCAGCUUACGGUACGCGUGUUCGCUACUUUGGUGCCGACAUGAAAAGGCGCGCAGACAUUGAGGCUUUGCUGCAGUUCACAGAGAAGGAGCUUGGAGCCUUGGACAUUGUGGUAAAUAACGCCGGCGCCACGCAUCUCUCUCCAGUAGAGGACUUUCCUCCGGAGAAGUGGGAUGACAUUAUCGCGCUGGAUCUCACAGCCGCCUUCCACACCACGCAGCUGUGUCUGCCAGGCAUGCGUCAGCGCGGGUGGGGACGUAUAAUCAACAUUGCCUCCACACAUGGGUUGGUGAGCUCGGUUAAUAAAUCGGCUUACUGUGCGGCCAAACAUGGUUUACUUGGACUUACCAAAACUGUGGCUCUGGAAACCGCCACUACAGGAAUUACCUGCAACGCGAUAUGUCCAGGGUUUGUUUGUACGCCUCUGGUGGCGAAGCAAAUUCAGGCGGUCGCUGAUGCCGAAUACGGCGGUGACAUAAAGACUGCAACUGAGGAGCUUAUUUCCGAAAAACACCCGUCUAAAACAUUUGUCACGGUUGAGCAGAUUGGAGAAACUGCGGUGUUUCUCGCUGGUCCAGGGGCGGACCAGAUCCGCGGCGCUGCAAUCACCGUGGAUGGAGGGUGGGUCGCCCGAUGA